AUGAGGGUGGCCAACAGCGUAAGCGCCGCCCGGGUUGGAACAGGAACGUUUGAUGAGGCAGUGAUUAAGUCGGAGGUUGGCGCAGCUGGUGGUGAAAAGGUCGAUGCCUCAUUGCAAGUUCUCCGUCGUGGUUUUGAGUACAUAGUCGUCCGCGAAAAGCAGGUCGUGGACUGUAGUCCAACCGUGAUCGAGUUUGCUCGUCGACAUGUGGUCUUGAAAGUUAAACACAAGAAGCCCAUGUUUGUGAACAGCAGCGUCAAAGCCGGCAUCUACAUGUGCGCUGCUGCUGCUGGCUCACUCAUCUUCGACUUUGUAAAAAUGCCGCCAUCCUUGUUCUCCAACAAGCGAAAUGUGUUCAACCUGGUGUUCGUAAAAUGGGGUUGGGCGUGGACCUUCAGCGCACUCACCCUCUUUAUCAUCCUCUCCACGUACGUCUACACCGGUGCCAACAAACGUCUCAUGCGGGCACAUAUGAUGCGGAUGCUGGCAGGUUCUGCCUGCUGGUAUAUCUUCACGGGUCUGUUCAACACUGUGGAAGCCUCCUUUGGCCGGUGUUAUGACCAGAGUGGUGUUUUGUUGAAGGCAACAACUGGUAGUCCGCCCUUCUCUCGUCGUUCUUGUCGCCAGUCAAAGGGUCAUUGGAUGGGUUUCGACAUCUCUGGGCAUUGUUUUCUGUUGGUGAUGUGCAACCUCUGGAUAAUUGAAGAGUUGCGAGUCAUGCGCGCUUGGCCGGUUCUCGCUGGUCUACUGGGUGUCCACUCUCACACCGAAUCCACUGACGAUGAAAUGGGCCAGUUCCCCUCAGACUCUUCCGCGUCAUCUGGUCUGCCAAAUGUUUCGGUCAGAGAUCUACACGUC